AUGCCUGGUAUCGGAGAAGACCGAGCAUCUGCUAUCCCUGCCGUGCUAGUAUUACGAAUUUGCUCUGCUAACUGCUGGAGUGGCGUUCCCAGUGGCCGUGUUCCCUCGGGGCGUCUCUGCGACUGUUUCUGCGGGUAUAGUUGCUGCAAGGGUGAUUUCGGUCGCAUCGGAGUUUGCUUUGUCGGCAUGGCUCGCAUGCUACCGCCCGACGUUUGCGUGCAUGUCCUCGUGCAGGUUGUGCCUGAGCGCUGUCCAUACUUUGGCGAAGUCUGGGUGAUUGAAAACGACUACGGGUUCGGAUUUCAGCUGAGGUCGGUGAUCGGAGAUAUAUAA